AUGCCCCGCAACCUCGCCCGUCUGCGGUACCGGCUGCCGCCCGCGCCCGUCUCGUUCGAGGGCCUCGAGGCUGGCCGCGUCCGCCUGCUCGAGCGCAGGGUCGCCCAGUACGUGGUGCGCCAGUCGAACCCGCGCCACCUGCGCCUCCAGACGGUCGUCAACGCCAAAGCAAAGCCCCUGGCCACGGGCAGGUCCGCCGUCCGCCCCAUCAAGCCCUACACCCUGCGCGACGUCGUCGACCCCGAGGCCACCGCGCGCCACGGCCAGAUCAUCUACGUCUUCCGCAGCAUCAAGACCAACCAGAUCGUCUACUCGCUGCAGGAGCUGCUUGACGACCACCACCUCGCUCAGCUCCCCUUCAUCGGCAAGCACUCGGUCCCCGCCGCCCUGCGCCCCGACGAAUGGACGCCGCACUGCGUCAUCGCCUUCCCGACCCCCGAGCAGGGCCACAAUGCCUUCCGCAAGCUGCGCGAGUUCCGCAAGCUGCACGAGCUCUCGUGGGAGAAGACCAACCCCGGGUGGAAGCAGCUGAAGAUCGAGCAGCGCAUCAAGAAGAUCAUGGACCAGCGCGCAAACAUGAGUGCAGACCUGGCCGAGGUCCUGCGCAUCCAGGAAGCCCACGGCCGCGCCAUGACCACCGCCCUCGACGACCAGCAGCAAAAGGCCGCCGACUUCAUGGACAAGAAGUGGGCCUCGAUCGAUGCCGUCGCAAACGGCGCCGUGACCAAGCAGAAGAGCGCCGACAGCGUCAAGUGGCUGGAGCACGAGAUCAGGCGCCUCACCCAGAAGCUCCAGAUGAAGCACCUGCAAAAGGACGCAGACCAAAAGGCCCUCGAAGCCGCCCGCGCCAGCCACGAGACCCGCCUGAAGCGCGUCCAGUACGCGCUGCGAAAGGCCGACCAGUUCAAGAGGAUCCAGGAAGAGCUCACCGCAAAAGCCGCGCCCGCAACCGAAGCCGGCGCCGAAGAGAAGCUCGUCGAGCUGCGACAGCACGUCUCCGUCCUGCGCGAAGCACUCGAGAACCCCGACCCCACACGCUCGCAAGAAGACCUCGACGUCGACGCAGACCUGCUCGAGCGCCAGACCGCCGAGAUUGCUACCCUCGAGGAGGCCUUCGAGGCGAAGAAGCAGGUCGACACCCGCGACCACUACAUUGCGCGCUCCGUCCUCCCACACCAGCUCAAGAAGCCCCUCCCCACACCCUACACACUCGACGGCGUCAGCGUCAUGUGGGCCGACCUGCAAGACGCCCUGUACGCCGCCGGCUCGUGGCCAGAGGCUAUUGCGCACGAAAUCCUCGCCGUAAACAAGGUCCGCGACGCCACCGCCUUUCUGUCCGCAGAAGAGUUCGAGGUCGAGAAGCGAAACGAGGUCGGCAGCAUCCUGCGCGCGCUGCGGCCUGAGCCCGAGACGGAGCAGGAGAAGGCGGAGCUGUACACCCGCCUCGACGACCCCGUGCCGCAGAAGACAGGCAUCCUGAGCAUGCUGGGCAAGGCCAAUCCAUUCAAGCGCGCCGCGGCGUGA